AUGGUGAACGUCACAUACGAUGCUUCCGGGUCCCUGGUGGCCUUCGACCCCGAUGGCGUUGAGAUUGUCUACAAUCUCGGUGACAUUGGCUUCAUCAUUGCUUGUAUGGCCCUCGUCUGGUUGAUGAUUCCCGGCGUUGGUCUCUUCUACUCUGGCCUUCUCCGAAGGAAGAAUGCACUGUCCAUGAUUUACACGUCGCUGGCUUCCAUUGCUGUUGUUUCCUUCCAGUGGUUUUUCUGGGGUUAUUCGCUGGCGUUUAGUGAGACUGGAAGCUCAUUCAUUGGUGACCUCAAGUAUUUUGGUCUCAAGGGUGUCCUGGACCAGCCUUCCAUAGGUAGUUCCCGCAUUCCCGCUCUUCUAUUCUGCGUCUAUCAAUUGAUGUUUGCUGCAAUCACCGCUGCACUUGCUGUUGGUGCCAUCGCUGAGCGUGGUCGCCUAGGUCCCGUCCUCGUGUUUAUUUUCAUUUGGACCACUAUCGUAUAUGAUCCUCUCGCUUGCUGGACAUGGAACGCGAAUGGAUGGUCCUUCGUGCUUGGCGGUCUUGACUUCGCUGGAGGAACACCCGUCCACAUCAGCUCUGGAACGGCCGCACUCGCUAUCUCAGUCUAUCUUGGCAAGCGUCGUGGAUAUGGCACUGAACGCCUUGCUUACAAGCCUCACAACACUACAUAUGUCAUCCUCGGAACGGUUUUCCUGUGGUUUGGCUGGUUCGGGUUCAACGGCGGUUCUGCCCUCUCUGCCAAUCUACGUGCCGUCCAAGCUUGCAUCGUCACUAACCUUGCUGCAUCUGUCGGCGGUGUUACAUGGAUGCUCUGGGAUUACCGAAUUGAGAGGAAAUGGAGUGCUGUCGGCUUUUGCUCAGGCGCCAUCUCUGGCCUCGUUGCUAUUACCCCUGCUUCCGGAUUUGUGGGCGCACCCGCUGCAGUCGCAUUUGGUGUACUUGGUGGUACUGUUUGCAACUUUGCUACCCAGCUAAAGUUCUUGUUGGGCUAUGACGAUGCUCUCGAUAUCUUCGCAACUCAUGCUGUCGGUGGUAUUGUUGGCAAUCUUUUAACUGCCCUUUUCGCCCAAGCCAGCGUCGCUGGAUUUGACGGCAUCACUGAAAUUCCGGGAGGCUGGCUGGACCACCAUUAUAUCCAGCUUGCCCACCAACUUGCUGAUUCCGUUGCCGGAUUUGCUUACUCUUUCGGUGUAACUUCUAUUAUACUGUGGAUCAUGCACUUCGUUCCUGGUCUCCGACUCCGUGCAUCUGAGGAGGCCGAGAUUCUCGGUAUCGACGAUGCUGAGAUGGGUGAAUUUGCCUACGAUUAUGUAGGCCUUGAGCAGGAAAUUGGCCACACUGUCGAUACUGGUGUCUCUGCCUCUGGAGGGGGUCGCGAACCCAAUCACGCCAAGACCUCCAAUAGCAGCGACGACGGCAGGCUCGAUGAGAAGGAGUAA